CCCCACAUUUUAGGGUUUUGCGGCAGGGAUGGGCAUUCCCAUCCCCUUCUUCCGGCGUGGCGCUGGAUCCGACGCCUCUCCGCCGCAGAGCAGGAGGAAGAAGAAGCCGCCGGCGACGCUGCGCGAGCUCGCCAACGAGACGAUCGAGGAAUGGAAGGCGCGGCACCCGAUCCAUCCCGACGACAUGAAGCGCCGGAUGGAGCGCUACCGCUGGGAGGUGAGGAACAGGCCGGAUUACACCAAAUCUCCUGAGGUGGAAGAGGAGAUGGCGCGCGUCAAGGAUCCCUUCGCCCACGCCCUCAAGAAGAUGAAUCCCGAGGAGCGCGAGGAGGCGCUCAAGAUGAAGGAGAUUUGGGAGAAUAGCUUCGAGUAUAAGUUUGAGCAGCGGUGCUUGCAGCUGGAGAAGGAAUGGACAGAGCUGGAGAUGGAGAGGAACUCGACUCCGGCGAGAAAGGAGGAUACCAAGAUGUGGAGAUCUUUGCCGCCAGUUCCUGGGCCGAGGGGGAUCCCGCUGGUGAGGAAGGCGCUCAGCGGGGAGAAUGAGGCUGCCGGAAGGAUCAUGGAUUUUCUCAAGGAGCACUUGUUUGGGUUGUGGGGGUAUCGCCAGCGGCCUUAUCCUCCCGAUCGUCCCAUCGAUGCGCAACAGGCCUUUGGAUUCAAGUGGCUCCACAAGCGCUACGCGGACUUCACAAUGAGGUCGGGAGGAUGGUACUAUAAGGAUCGCCUUGGCAGGACAAGAGGUCCGAUGGAGCUUGUCAACAUGCAAACUGCAUGGGCUGGUGGCCUGAUCGACAAGAACACAUUUAUCUGGGGAGAGGAUAUGGACGAAUGGGCUCCAAUUGGGAUGGUUUAUGGUCUCGAACGAUGCAUCAAUCGCUGGGACAUCAAGAUGGUUACUCUAGGAUUGGCCCUGGUUUACAAGCUGUCUAGAGGCAUUCCACUGACUACUCCGAGGAAAGGACACGAGCCGAAGACUCUCCAGCAGCUCCAGAACGAGGCUCUCGAGGACCGUGAGCGGCAGAGGGCAGUGCUGAGGCUAAAUGGAGGUGUUUGGCCUGGAGAGCGUGAGCCUACACACACUGUCUUCCUCUGGGCCGGUGGCUCUCAGCUCUCAGACCACUUAAACAGGUUUUCGGAAACAAUGCCGGACAAAUUCAUUUCCUACCACAUGAGGAAGAAACUUAUGAAGCUGUGUCCCGCUCUGCGGCCAAAGGAUUUCAUCAAUAUUGAGAAAGUUAUGGACGCCUUGACUUACCAGGCUGAUUGGUACCGAGAACCUCUAGGAACUUUUAACUCGCGACCAGAUUUUGAAAAGGAGUGGUUCAAGGCAGUCAAGAAUGAGUAUCUCCGGACGAUCGAUGAUGUGGAGUACUUCUUUAGCUCCAUUGACAAGGCGCCAAAUGUGAGGUUUCCAAGGAAACCUGGCGAAAAGCUCAUUGUGGAGCCGAAGAAGAACGAGGGCGAUGCUCAAGACUGAUUGAUCCAUACACAGUGCUGCGAAGGGGGAAGAACAAUCCAUAUCUCCGUCUGGUGUUUUAAUGGCGGGAGCUCUUCGACGAAAAACGGCUUGUGCAAGAUCUGGCAGCCCUUUAAAUUCUGGAUGCGAUCGUUACUGGCUGGCUGCAUUCCAGAUAAGUGGAUAUCUUUUUUAUAAUCCUCGUAUCAAUCUGUCUGUUCUUGAGGCAGGCAUUCUCCCUUGAAAUCCACGAGAGAAAAGAGUGACCUCCCACGAUCUUGCAAGAAUCAACGGCCUGUGGCCCGCCACGUCCGGUGCCACCGCAUCGGGACCGUUGGUUUGCUAUUUGCUAUAGCGGUGGGCACUUGGAAAGGAGGGUCCUUUAGAGAGAGAGAGAGAGAGAGAGAGAGAGGGUCUCGUCAAGCUUGUGUGAGUUGGGUUAUGGUGUCAUGGCGCCUUCGUCGGGAUUUUGGUGCUUGGUCUGGCCAGUGAUCGUCUUCUUGGGCAGGCCAUAGCGCUUGGGCUUUGCUGUGUGUGUGAGUGAGAGAGGGAGUGGUUUUGAGUGGAUUGCUCUAGGGCUUUGAAGGUACUGAAUUCGCAGGAUAGCCGCAUUCCCGAGGGAGCUCGUUUGCCGGAAAGAUCCAACACUCAAUGGCCGGAGUUGGCUAGUUCACAAUGCUGCUGCCAUCGAGCUGAGGCUAGUUUCCUCUAAAGCCUCUGGUUUUAGCGACAAUUGAGCAUGGAGGGGACGAAAAAAGAAGCAAAGCCAUCCAAGGACCUUGAAGGAGGCGAUCACACUUCGACUGAGCCCGAUAGCCCGAGUGAUGGCGAAGGGGAGAGCUCGGCACAUCCAAAGGAUUUUCCGCAGUCAUCUGAUGAGGCUAGCAAAUGCGCCGUGGACAAAGCAAACUCUCAAAGUGGAGACGUUGACACAACAUCGCCGUCUCCCGGGAAACGCCCUGUAGAGGGCUAUGCUUUCGACAAAGCGCCUCCCCCGAUAAAAACACGCCGAGAGGGAGCAGCAUCGUCGCAUGCGUCUUCUCCUCCAGAGCUUUCGCCACCGCCAUCGCCCAAGAGAAUGCGGGAGCUUGAGCGGAAAGAAGGAGUGUUUCGUGCAAUCGUCCCUCCCAAGCAAGGACUCCAACAAAACCUCUGAAGUCACAGUACAGCAAAGAGGGAAACGCAAUGGUAAAUUUUUCCCUUUCCUGUAGUUUCAUGCUAUGGCUUCUUUCCUUCUUGGAGAGACACUUCACUCUCGUUGCCAUUGUUGCAUUCGCUACGUACAUAACAUAGUUUCGUUUUCCCGUAACUCUAUUCCUUCUUCGAGGCAAAGCAACUACAGGGAACGAGGAACCAAUCGCUUGGGAAGGGGACAGUGAUUCUACUCUUUCAAAGCUUUGCAAGGAAAUGAAACAGUGAUAAGUUUUAUAA